CAUUUCUAUUGGUCGAUGACGCCUAUCUGUGCGCCGUCGACAAUAGAUGAAGCGAAUAAGAUAGGAUCAGUUUGCAAUGUCGAAGGUGCUGAACGACUUGCACUUCAGAUUGCUUUUGUGUAUGUGUUUGGCUCGUCCAUGAGAAGUUUAGCACUGUUUCUGCUCCCGUGUGUGAUCGCGGUGCUGCUACAUGUGUGGUGGUCGCUGAAAGACCAGACCCAAUUCUUCUUGUAUGCCAAGGAUGCAGUGACAGGCAGCAGGAGGCCAGUAUAUGAAGUUGUGGUUGGAGUUUUAUCGGCCAGGCAUCACUAUGAACUAAGAGAUGCUUUAAGAGGCACAUGGAUGGGGUACCUCAGAGACCAUCCUGAUUUCCAGAAUCGGGUCCUGGUGAAAUUUAUCAUUGGUAAAGAUGGUUGUGCAAUACCUGAAGAAGAUCGGGAGGAUCCAUAUUCUUGCACCCAACUGAACAUCACAGAACAAGUGGCCAUGCAGGAUGUGACCAUUCUAAGCAAGCCUGAUGCUUUGGUGCCAUCUGAUGUCUCAGCCAUAUGUUUGGAUUUUAAGGUCCUCCAUCCGGUAGUGAUAACGAAACUGGGUGCAUUUCCCAGUAACCCACAGAAGGAUUUCACAGGGAAUGUCACAGUAAAGUUAUUUCCAGUGGACCAAAAGGAGCCAGUUGUGACUGCUCAACUUACUGCCCUGAGUCCAGGUGUCUAUGUGGAUGGCAUCUGGUAUAAGGCUGUGGAACAGUUCGUUUUGCCCAAGGGAUUUGAGGGUUAUCUUUUAUGGGAGAGCCAGGAUCCAGCAGGCUUGACAACUCUCAAUUCUUCCAAGGUUCAGUUUAAUACUGGUGGAGGGGUUAUCAAGUUAGGACAUAUAGAAGAGGGCACCUUGCCUCACAGAAAUGCACAUGGUUUUCCUGGAGUAGCUGGAGGAUUCAUUUUCUCCAUUUAUGAUGUGAAGGGAUUGAAAGAACAUCUGCAUGGCCGUGCAGGCAGAUGGGAGGCUCACAAGUCCAGGCUGAAAGAGGAAGAAAAAGCCCUACAGGAGGAAAUUCACACCUAUGGAGACAUUGUUUUUGUUGAUGUUGUGGACACAUACAGGACUGUGCCUUAUAAACUGCUGUACUUUUACAAAUGGGCGGUGAAAUAUGCAGACUUCAGUCUACUCCUGAAGACAGAUGAUGAUUGUUAUAUCAACACGGAUAAAGUACUAAUGAACAUUGACUACAAGAGCCUGAUGCGCAGCAAUCUGUGGUGGGGAAAUUUUCGCCAGAAUUGGGCUGUGGAUCGUGUAGGGAAGUGGCAGGAGUUGGAGUACACUAGUCCUGUCUAUCCAGCCUUUGCUUGUGGCUCUGGGUACAUGGUUUCCAGAGACUUAGUGGACUGGUUGGCCAGCAAUGGAGAUAAGCUUCAAGUUUACCAGGGAGAAGAUGUGAGCAUGGGAAUCUGGAUGGCUGCAGUACGGGUUCAAAAAUUUCAGGAUGCAGGCUGGCUGUGUGAGAGAGAGUGCUAUGUGGAUAUGCUGUCAUCACCACAGCAUACAGUGAAGGAGCUACACUUUCUCUGGGAUCAAAAAAGAGUUUGUGGGAAUCCAUGUGGCUGUUCUUAAAGCCUUCAUUAUGCUCCUCCCCUCUUUACUAUAAAUUAACUUGAAAUCUGUAACAAUUUAUUUUAAGGGCCUUUAUUGUCAGUGUAUUGAAAAUUAUUUUAAUAAACCAGUCCUGGAAAGUUUA